AUGGAAACAAUUAGAGUUCCAUUUCGUUCUAUUGGUCAUGUUGUAGGCAGAGGAUACUCUAAAAUCAACGAGAUUGAAAGAAGCUCUAAGGCUAAAUGCACUAUCAAAAAAAAUAACGUUAUAGAAAUAGAGGGCACGAAUGAGGCUAGAAGAGCUGCCCUUAGUAUGAUCAAAGAUUGUAUAUGGAACAGUAUUGUACUUUAUAAUCACCCAAUAGAAGCCAUUAUCGCACUUCAACCACCAUUGGCCAGACUCAAAACUAUACUAUUUUCAAAAUACGAAGGUAUUGUUGAUAAAAAUAAUUUAGAUAAAGCAUACUUCAUCUUAGAUAAAGGUGAAGAAAUGAACGAAGAUGAUCAGCUAACUUCAUUAGUUGGAAAUCUUAAUCUUGCUCCGUCUAAAAUCAUCGCACCUAGAAAAGAUAGAUAUUCGGUGGAUUACAUUACCAAACGGAUAAUAGAACAAGUUACCAAUCCAGAUAACAAAAAUCUUGACUUCAAGGUUAGAGUAAAUAUCGGCAAGCAACUCUUUUACCCAUCAAAUAGAGAAGAUGUUGAUCUUCCAAAAUCGAUUCUUCUCAAUGAACUCCUUAAAUAUCAGAUAGGUUAUAAAAAAGAUACCAAAGCUACUUUUACGAGUCAUAUUUCUUUUGAAGUAGCAAAGUUAAUUGAAAAUCGUUUAGCUGAGUUGGAAUAUCAGAAAAGUCCUGAAUUUAUUCAGAAGGCGUACGUUUACUUAAUUGAUAAUAAAGCUCAGAAACGUUUUAUUGUCUCAACAAAUAUUACAUCAGAUGGUAAAUUAAUACCUCAUAAACUUAAAUCUGAAAACAAUAAACUUCUUUUCUAUGCUUUUGUUGGUUCAAAAUCAGCCUUGGAUUUUCGGUUCAAGGUACUUUCUCAAGUACCAUCAAUAACAGAAUUACCUACCGAACUUUAUAAUUCUAUGAUAAAUGCUACUUACAAUAUGGACACAAAAAUUAUCACUUUAGAAGAUACCUCUGAUUACUAUUUCACAAUUACGCGUAUUAAGAGUAAACAUAGUUUUAUUAAAUGCAAGAAUGAAUUUUCAAAUGAUAAAAUUAAAUUAUCGAUUUUUGAGGUGUACGAAGACGGAAAACAUGACGUACAAGUGACCAUAACUAGCGAAGCAUUACAUAAGGUUAUUGAAAAAAUGUGUCAAACAGAUCAUAUUGAUGAAAAAUUAAGGUUAGAAUGUGAAAGCUGUAUAGAAAAGUUUGUUAAUGAAGUUAAAUGCAUUGUGAAUGAAUUACAUUAUGACAUAACCGGUCAAAAUUAA